AUGGCGCAGUCCCUCACAUUAAUACAGCGCUUUGUAAUUCAUAAACCACCUCGCCACACUUCAUCAUCUUUCAAAGUCAUGGUCCCCCGCUUCCAGAGUCGUGUUCCGCGCAGCACUGACCUGAGCGAGCGCCCCGGGGCCCAGGACCUCGCGCCGGGCUCACACCGACUAGGCGCGCUCGGGCCGCCAGAGCCUCGCAGCGGCCGGGUCCGCUCCGCAGCCAUGGCGCCUGCAGAGAAAGAAAGACAAACGGCCCGAGGCGCGGCUGACCUGGACCAGCGGCCGCCGCUCGGGGUCUGCAACCUCACAGGGGAGCGGCUUCCGGUGCUGCCUGCGUCAUCUCCGCGCGUCCCUCCGCCCGCGGCGCCCAGCGGACGCGGGUGCACUUCCGGCCCCGGCCUCCGGGGGAAGCGGGCUGGCCCGGGAGAGCGCGGAGGGCACUGGAAUGAUGCUGAGCUACAUUCGGGCAUCAUUUGGCAUCUGGACUCAAUAAUUUCCAAAGCCCUGAAAUUGCUUACAGACAACAUGCAGGUGACAUUCUGCAGACUUCGGACUCACCAGUGGUGUUUCAUUCUAUUUAAUGUUAUCCUAUUUCAUGCCUUGCUUUUUGGGGCUGAUUUUGUGGAAGAAUACUUUUUGCGUGCUUUGCCUUAUGUAGAUAUGAAAGUUCUUGAAAUAAAGGAUAAGGCAAGAAAAUUGAACGUGGAACCCCUAAGAAGUAACCUUUCCAAGUAUUAUAUCCUGAGCCAGUCGGAGGUGUGUAAAGGGAAGAAUAUAUUUUUACUCUCUCUUAUCUUCAGUAGCCCAGGAAAUGGAACAAGGCGGGACCUCAUCAGGAAAACCUGGGGUAAUGUGACCAGUGUCCAAGGGCACCACAUUCUCACACUGUUUGCUUUAGGAAUGCCUGUUUUGGUAACUACCCAGCAAGAGAUAGAUGAAGAGUCCCAUAAGAAUAAUGAUAUAAUUGAAGGAAUCUUCUUGGACACUUCUGAGAACCAAACCCUGAAGAUCAUCACAAUGAUGCAAUGGGUUGUGACUUUUUGCCCUAAUGCCCUAUUCAUUCUCAAGGUUGAUGAAGAGAUGUUUGUCAAUCUUCCAAGCUUGGUAGACUAUCUUCUCAAUCUGAAAGAACACCUUGAGGAUAUCUAUGUGGGAAGAGUUAUCCAUCAGGAUACACCCAACAGAGACUCCAAUAGUCAAGAAUUUGUCCCUUUUAGCAAGUACCCAGAAAAGUACUACCCAGAUUACUGCAGUGGUGAAGCCUUUAUUAUGUCCCAAGAUGUGGCUCGGAUGAUGUAUGUGGUUUUCAAUGAAGUACCCGUAAUGGUUCCUGCUGAUGUGUUUGUAGGGAUUUGUGCCAAGUCCAUUGGCCUUAUACCCAUCCACAGUUCAAGGUUUUCUGGGAAAAAGCACAUCAGAUACAACAGAUGUUGCUAUAAGUUCAUUUUUACGUCCUUGGAAACUACAGAUGCUGAAAUGCCCCUGGCAUGGGAGGAAAUUAGCAGUGGGAAAGAAUGUUCCCUGUUUGAGACUUACUACGGGCUCAUUUCCUGCAAACUUCUGACAUACCUUGAUAGCUUUAAACGUUUUCACAUGAAUACCAUAAAAAACUAUGACAUGUAUUUUGGUGAUUAG